AUGAUGCGCUUGCUCGGCAUCUUCUUCUCGGUCGUAUGUCUCGUCGCUGAACUUGCUUCUAUCUCAGCACAUGUCUACUCUGACAAAGCCGAGAUCGCUAUCUUCAGCCAACACGAGCCUGUCGCGUUGAAGAAAACAUCAACUUCACCAAGGUUAUUAAGAUCGACGACGAACGAAGUUAAACAAAAUAUUGUCUCUGGAGAAGAGAGGGCUACCACAUCAAGUAUUUCUCGUUUUGGCGAUGAGGUCUUGAUCAAGUUAAUGAAGAAAGUGAGCAUGAACCCUACAAGUGUUUUCAACCGCUUACACUUCGGAGAAGCCACCACUAAAUUCACCAGCAGCAGCAAGGCUUUCAUUGACUGGCUUCAGUACGCGAACAAGUUCAUGGCGACUAAAGGGACUGAGCAGUUCUCCACGCACCAUUUAUUCAAUCUGCUUUGGCAUAGUCGCCAAUCGAACGAAGACCUGAUAAAUCUCUUCCAGACACUUAGCCGUGUUGAGGGCAUGAAGAACCUUGCCAACACGUUGCAGCUAUACAUGUUCCGCGCAGCGAAAUCCAGUCACAAAAUGAUGAAUACGGUCUGGUUGCAGGCCCUAGAAACUCCGUCCGAAGUAUUUACCACGCUACACCUCGCAGACAACGUCUCAGACGAUCUCUAUCGACCAGAGCUAAUCGCAUGGCUUCGGUACUCCUGCGACUACAGCAAUGAUGUAAAGAAGACGCUUUCCGCAAAGGAGACCUUAAAUCUCUUGAUGAAAGAACCUCACCACAAAGAGACAGAUUUUGGUGUGCUAUUCCAAUCGCUCGCAAUGGACAAAGCAGUCAGAACGGACACUGGUGUGGCACAACUUCUUGAGAAGCUACAAUCUCGACUCUUUAAGAAUUGGAUCAAUGCCAAGAUAACGCCGGAUAAACCCGGGGUCAUGAUAGCGAGCCCAGUUACUGAGAAUUGGAGGCCUGUUCUCACUCUGCUGGUUACCGAACCCAGGUAUAUACUUCUAGAAGCGUAA